AGCCUCCUCCCGACAACCCGCAGCAGCCCGCGGGCUCGGCCGAGGCUCCCGCUCGGAUUCCCGGAGCCCCCAGUGGCCUGCAGAGGAGACGAGACUGACAGGGCGGGCGGCCAAUGAGAACGCCGCUCUCCCUGGCGGGGCGGGACCAGACGGCGGAGGGGGCGGGCCCGGGCUGGCGCGCAAAGCCGAGGCUCAGCGGCUCCGCGGAGAGAGCGCGUCGCGGGGAGUCGGCGCCUGGGAGACGCGGGAAGGCGCCGCCGCCGCCGCCGCUGGCCAAGGUCCUGGACGCCGCAGGCCCGCCGGCCGCCCCGCCAGGUCAGGCCUCCUCUGCUGCAGCCGCCGCUGCCUCGCUUCCAGCUGGGUCCCCAUGGAAGAGAUGGAAGAAGAGUUAAAAUGCCCUGUGUGCGGCUCCUUCUACCGGGAGCCCAUCAUCCUGCCCUGCUCCCACAACCUAUGUCAGGCGUGCGCCCGCAACAUCCUGGUGCAGACCCCGGAGUCCGAGUCCCCCCAGAGCCGUCGGGCCUCGGGCUCUGGGGUCUCUGACUAUGACUAUCUGGAUCUGGACAAGAUGAGCCUGUACAGCGAGGCGGACAGCGGCUACGGCUCCUACGGAGGUUUCGCCAGCGCCCCCACCACCCCGUGCCAGAAGUCGCCCAACGGCGUCCGCGUUUUCCCCCCUGCUAUGCCGCCACCGCCCACCCACCUGUCACCGGCCCUGGCCCCGGUGCCCCGCAACUCAUGCAUCACCUGCCCCCAGUGCCACCGCAGCCUCAUCCUGGACGACCGGGGCCUCCGCGGCUUCCCCAAGAACCGCGUCCUGGAAGGGGUCAUCGACCGCUACCAACAGAGCAAAGCCGCGGCCCUCAAGUGCCAGCUCUGCGAGAAGGCGCCCAAGGAAGCCACGGUCAUGUGCGAACAGUGCGACGUCUUCUACUGCGACCCCUGCCGCCUGCGCUGCCACCCUCCGCGGGGGCCCCUGGCCAAACACCGCCUGGUGCCCCCGGCCCAGGGCCGCGUGAGCCGGCGGCUGAGCCCGCGCAAGGUCUCCACCUGCACGGACCACGAGCUGGAGAACCACAGCAUGUACUGCGUGCAGUGCAAGAUGCCCGUGUGCUACCAGUGCCUGGAGGAGGGCAAACACUCCAGCCACGAGGUCAAGGCCUUGGGGGCCAUGUGGAAACUGCACAAGAGCCAGCUCUCCCAGGCACUGAACGGAUUAUCAGACAGGGCCAAAGAAGCCAAGGAGUUCCUGGUGCAACUCCGAAGCAUGGUGCAACAGAUCCAGGAAAACAGUGUGGAGUUUGAGGCCUGCCUGGUGGCCCAGUGCGAUGCUCUCAUUGAUGCCCUGAACCGCAGGAAGGCUCAGCUGCUGGCCCGGGUCAACAAGGAGCAUGAGCACAAGCUGAAGGUGGUUCGGGACCAGAUCUCUCACUGCACAGUGAAACUGCGCCAGACCACGGGCCUCAUGGAGUACUGCUUGGAAGUGAUUAAGGAGAACGACCCCAGCGGCUUUCUGCAGAUUUCAGAUGCCCUCAUAAGGCGGGUUCACUUAACUGAGGACCAGUGGGGCAAAGGCACACUCACUCCCAGAAUGACCACGGACUUUGACCUGAGCCUGGACAACAGCCCUCUGCUCCAGUCCAUUCACCAGCUGGACUUUGUGCAAGUGAAAGGUGUGUCCUUGUGUCCUGAGCGGGUGCUGCUGCUUGAAGCACUGUGGGUGACCCUGUGA